GAAAAAAAAAACACAUUUUUAGUGGAGGGGGCUUUAACUUUGAAAGUCAGUAACAUAACUAGAACACAUUUCAGUCAAUUAUAAACCUAUCAAAAGUUAAAAGAUUCUGAUGAAACUGGUUUAUGUAUUCAUAUCAAACCUGUUAGACUAUGGUAAAGCCCUCUUUGAUGGAUUACGCAAACAAACAAUAGGAGAGAUCUAGUUUAUUCAAAACGAGUCCUUACGCGUACUUGCAAAGCCUAACACAUAAAUCAAUUCAAUUUAAUUCAAUUCAAUGGGGCUUUAUUUGUGGUAGUCAGCCACCUGUCUUCCCCUUCCCUUGUGUUUCUUGUUUGUCCCUGGUUUGUCUUGGGAUAUGUGUAUGUGUGUGUGUGUAUGUCUCCUGUUCUGGCUCCAUGAUUCUCCACCUGCUGCUGAUCACCGGCACACAUGUCUCCUAUCUACUCAUCAGUCUCCACAGCUUAUAUGGCUCUCCCAUUACACCAAUGCCAGAUCGUCCCUGUAUAUUGUACGACCACUACGUCAAGUCUCUUCUAAAGCUUACUCAGCUAAGUACCUUUUUUGCAAGUGUUUUUUCUGGCCUUGUGUUUUGAGUCUGUCUUCUGCUCUGCCUGAAGAAUUAUCCUGUGCUGGUGAUCACAGCUCCUGUCAUUGCCUGGAUUCCUGUCAGCCUGCCUCUCCAGCCAACUUCACCUCGCCUGUCUUCAACAGUUCCACCAUGUCUGUCCUCCACCUCGGAGCCAGACCCUUGACAUCUUACCUGCUCUGUGAUCUUGGUGAUCCACGUGAUUCACGUUCUGACGGAUCCCCGAGACUCUCAUCCUACGCCAACUACCACUACAUCCUCGUUCCCCUGCCAACGGAACCAAGCGCUAGGAUCCACGGGUCCACCGCCUGGCCAGCCCAGCCUUCCAGUACACUUGCAGGCCAGAACCAGCUCACCUCAUCUCCGCUCGGAGCGCCGCAAUCAACCCGCCCUGGUCGAGUCCACGGGGCGGCCACGAACUACGCCGGAUCCUCAGUAUUCCCCUGUCGAUCUGUGCAGUAAAACUGUUCCAAACUUAUUCUGCUCUGUCCGUGUCCUGCAUUUGGGUUCCAAGCUCGGCCUCACGACAAAAACGAAACUGAAAAUAUCAGUUUAUUUAUCAAUAAAAUGUUGGCAGUCGGUCAAUAAUUGAGUCAUUUAUCCACAAUAAUCUUACACUGACCAGUAGAAACUUAAAUGUGUUGAAUAUUCUCAUUUUCUCCAUAAAUGUCCACAAUUUGUUCAAUAAAUGGCUGGGUUACAUU